AUGCCUCGCAUCCGUCUGGCUUUGGGGCGCCGGCACCGGCACCGGCUUCGGCCUGUCUACACGGAGCAGGCCACUGCCGAAUUUCCAGGUUGUUUGGUUUCUCCGGACUCGCAUCCUGUGAUUGGUAGAUUCGCAGUCCCUGGAAAGGAUGUGACGCCAUCAGUUUCAAAUGCAGGUGUACCAAUGGUUUGUGUUUCACGGACUAUGCCUUCUCAGUUGGCUGACAGUGCAAAAAAGUGUCGGAUUCCAUUCGUGACACAUUCAGUCACUGAGCAUAAUCUGGAUAACUGUUCUCAUCAACUUUUUGAAAUCCAGAUUGGUGAUAGUAAAGAAUUAUGUGAGAGGAUAUCUAUUGAAAAAGGUGAUAUGGUUUGCAAGAUUCUUGGGUUUGAGAAAAGAAAACACGAAAGGAUGGCAUUGAAAUUUAAGGCACCUGGCUACAUUAUCCUGAAAGAGGAAGCUUCCUUCAACAAAGAUAAUGAUAAUGGUAAAGAUGGAUCACUUCCAAUAAGAAAUAGGUAUCCGUGGCAUCCUGUCCCUUAUUUUGAAGUUAAUGAAGGAUACGAUAGGGAUAAGAUAGAUGAGUUCAUGCUAGAAAGGUCUAUUUCUAUCGCCAAGUCCCGGCCAAAUGACAUAAUCAUCCCAGACCCUGCUCCCCAGUGGGUGAAUGAUACCCUCUUUGACAAAUUUGACGAGCUGAAGCCCAUCCUUGUAAAGGAUAGUGUCCGGUGCUUCCUCCGAUUAUUCAAGAACUGUGGAGACAGGGGCAUGUCAUGGAAUUUAACCGUCACCGCACGCACCUUAAACCUCAUGGUCUGUUAUAAUGCUCUGCGAUGUGCAAAAGUUGUAUUGGAGGGCAAGGCACCUGAGCUCUAUGGAAUGCACGCCAAUCCCAACUGCAUAAACCCAUAUGGAUACUUCCCGCUCCAUGAAGCUGCUGAAAGAUUUUUGUUCCUUGGUGUUUUACAGAAGAUCUUCUUGGAUACAACUAGAUUGCUUGCUGAAAAAACAAAUAAUCUACUUGAAGAGCUCUGGAACUACAUUGAGAAUGGAAAGCUUAUCCAGUCUGCGAUUCUACUACUGGCUGCUCAGGAGCAGAUUCGCAGGGGUUGUUCCUCCAAGAUAAAUGGUAGUAGUAAAAAAGAUGGGUUUUACGUUAUCAAUAAGCGUAUACUGUGGCUUUCAUUUACCUUGAGAUGGGAGAAAGGUUCAAAUGAAAUGGCAGAGAAGCUUCUGAAGGAAAGAAGAGCACUUAUUGAUUGCACAGGGUUGCUUGUUGAUGUAAUUUCCCAUACCGGUCAACGUCUUUCUUCAUAUAUUCAGGCACAUUCAGAGGUGCCCCGUGUGGAGGUCUUGGAACAUGUUUCAUCUAUCCUCAAGGAAUAUGGGUUUAAUCCUACUGGAGAAAUCAUGGACACUAUAAACCUGUACUAG